AUGGCCGGCAAUCUCUCCACCCUCAGCUCCGCAGCCCCGCCCAGGGCUCGCCUCCGAGGCGUGGUGUUCGACAUGGACGGAACCCUAACGGUCCCCGUCAUCGAUUUCGCGGCAAUGUACAGAGCUGUGCUCGGCGAGGACGAGUACGUCAGAAUCAAGGCCGAGAGCCCUUCUGGGAUUGAUAUAUUGCACCACAUUGAGACUUGGAGCCCCGAGAAGCAGCGAAAGGCGUAUGAUAUUAUUGCCGAUUACGAGAGCCAGGGGCUCGAUCGCCUCCAGAUCAUGCCUGGUGCAGCAGAACUUUGUGGUUUUCUAGAUUCUAAGAAUAUAAGGAGGGGGUUAAUCACACGCAAUGUCAAGGCCGCAGUAGAUAUAUUUCAUGAACGGUUCAGGUUGACAUUUUCUCCAGCUCUGAGCAGGGAAUUUCGACCUUACAAACCGGAUCCAGCUCCACUACUGCAUAUAUGUUCAGCUUGGGAAGUUAAACCCAGUGAAAUAAUGAUGGUUGGAGAUUCCCUUAAAGAUGAUGUGGCUUGUGGGAAGCGAGCAGGAGCUGUUGCAUGCUUGCUUGAUGAAAGUGGGAGGUAUGACUCUCCAGAAUACACCAACGUCGAUUUCAAACCAGAUUUCAAGGUGUCUUCCCUAAUGGAAGUUCACUCGCUGUUGGAAGCACAUUUUGACCUGUCACCUUGA